AUGGCGCCCAACAAGACCCUCAUUUUCAAGCAAAUCCCCAAGGGCCUGCCAGUUCCCGGUCAGGACCUUGUCGUCGAGAACCGCGACAUUGACCUCGAGACCCCUCCCAAGGGCGGCCUAGUGCUCCAGGUACUCGAGGCCUCAUACGACCCGUACCUCCGAGGCCGCAUGCGCGAGGCCGGCAAGAAGUCGUAUGCUGCCGCUUUCGAGAUCAACGACCCCGUCACCAACGCCACGCUGUCUCAGGUGCUCAAGAGCGACAGCCCCAACUUCCAGGAGGGCGACAUUGUGCGCGCGCACACACCCAUCGCCGAGUACGCGCGUGUCGAGGACCCUGCCAAGGUGCAGGCGUACAAGAUUACGAACCCGCACAAAGUCGAUCUGUCGUACUUUUUGGGCCCGCUAGGCAUGUCCGGCCUGACGGCAUGGUCGAGUUUGUACAAGAUUGGCAAGCCCAAGAAGGGUGAGACCAUCUUUGUCAGUUCGGCAGCGGGCUCCGUGGGCCAGAUUGUUGGCCAGAUUGCCAAGCAUGAGGGCUUGACCGUCAUUGGCUCAGUCGGCUCAGAUGAGAAGCUGGACUUUAUCACUAAGGAGCUCGGUUUUGACGUUGGCUUCAACUACAAGAAGGAGAAGCCCGCCGAUGCCCUGUCGCGUCUCGCCCCAGAGGGCAUCGACAUCUACUACGAAAAUGUUGGCGGCGAGCAUCUCGUGGCCGCGCUCGACAACAUGAAAGUGGGCGGCAGAAUUCCCGUCUGUGGCAUGAUUAGCGGGUACAACCAAGACGCGAGCGAGCGCGCUGGCAUCCAGAACCUCUUCCAACUUAUUGCGAAGCAAAUCCUUAUGCAAGGCUUCCUUGUUGGUACACCCGGCUUCGGUCCCGACUACUUCCAGGAGCACCAGGAGAAACUGAGCUCUUGGCUGGCCGAUGGCACGUUUAAGUCGAAGCUGCACUUUACCGAUGGCAUUGAUAAGGCGGCCGAGGGCUUCGUCGACAUGCUCGAGGGCAAAAACUUUGGCAAGGCCAUUCUUAGAAUUAAAGCUCAGAAGUAA